CUUGGGUGGGCAGCCUUGACUGUUGCCAGCCUGACUCAGAUGCUGUGUGACCCUGGGCCGUCAGGCCCUCCCCGGGCUGCGGUUUCUUCCUGCCCUGAGGGGGGUCAGUGGAGCAGAGAUGCUGUUGGGAUCCCCCCGGAGGGGUUGGCUGGGAACAAGAGCCCACUGUGCGCCUGGGGGAGGCCUGGACACUGGGCUACUGUCUCCUCUGGGUGGGCACUCUUUGUCCUCUAGGCCUGCCCCCGCGCUGGGGCCCACUCUGGGGCACCCCCCUUGUGAAUCCCACCCACUUGAGGCCCAGAUGGGGAACUGUGCACACAGGGGUGGGGCAGACCAGGAGCCCGCAGCAUGGGGGCCCCUGUGGGUUAUAGAGCACCUCCCACUGCCCCUAGAACAGGAAGGACUUGGGUGGAGGUGAGGGCCACCGUGAGAUGUGGGCAGACGGGCACAGGGACCGGGUGCCUCCAUUGUGAGCUCAAUGGCCCUUGUGUUCCUGGGGCUUCCUGGAGGCCCAGGUUAGCCGGGGUGGGGAGUGUCCCCGUGUACCUCACCACCCUUUUCCCAAUUCUUGGCUUGUGCUGUCCCUGCCCCGACCUCGUCCUGGGGUCUGCCCCUCCUCCCAGACCCAGUUGAAGGGUCUUUUUUGGGAACUCUUCAUCACUCCAGAUCCUGAGGACGGGCCCAGUGUUUCCCAAGCAGCGGCUCGGACCAGGCCUGCCUUGGACACCGAGGGCCCAGCAGGAACAGGGCAGCCUACACGUGGAUGGUGCCCUGGGCUGUGCCCGGGAAUCCGGGGCUGGGAGCAUCUGCCAGGGGUGGGGCCAGUCUUCUGACCCAGGCUGUGUGCAGGGGCCCGUCGUGCCCCUCCGGCGCCAUGAGCGAGGCCCGCAGGGACAGCACCAGCAGCCUGCAGCGCAAGAAGCCGCCCUGGCUGAGGCUGGACAUCCCGGCGGCGGCACCCCCAGCGGCGGAGGAGCCUGGCUUCUUCCAGGUAGGCCCCGGCCGGCAAGGGCUGGGGGGGUGCCCUGUCCAGCCUCCUCACUGCGACGCCGCUGCCCAGCCCCUGAGACGCCAAGCUUUCCUGCGGAGCGUGAGUAUGCCCGCCGAGACCGCCCGUGUCCCCUCGCCCCACCGUGAGCCCCGGCGGCCCGUCCUGCAGCGCCAGACGUCCAUCACACAGACCAUCCGCAGGGGCACCGCGGACUGGUUUGGGGUGAGCAAGGACAGUGAAAGCACCCAGAAGUGGCAGCGGAAGAGCAUCCGUCACUGCAGCCAGCGCUACGGAAAGCUGAAGCCCCAGGUCAUGCGGGAGCUCGACCUGCCCAGCCAGGACAACGUGUCUCUGACCAGCACAGAGACGCCCCCUCCGCUGUAUGUGGGCCCGUGUCAGCUGGGCAUGCAGAAGAUCAUAGACCCCCUGGCCCGGGGCCGGGCCUUCCGCGUGGCGGAUGACACGGCCGACGGCCUGAGUACCCCGCACACACCUGUCACGCCGGGUGCCGCUUCCCUCUGCUCCUUCUCCAGCUCCCGCUCAGGCUUUAGCCGGCUCCCGCGGCGACGUAAGCGCGAAUCCGUGGCCAAGAUGAGCUUCCGGGCAGCCGCGGCCCUGGUGAAGGGCCGCUCUCUUAGGGACGGCACGUUACGCCGGGUGCAGCGCCGAAGCUUUACUCCCGCCAGUUUCCUGGAGGAGGACACGGCGGACUUCCCCGACGAGCUGGACACGUCCUUCUUUGCCCGGGAAGGAGUCCUCCAUGAGGAGCUGUCCACGUACCCGGACGAGGUGUUCGAGUCCCCUUCGGAGGCCGCACUCAAGGACUGGGAGAAGGCCACGGAGCAGGCCGACCUCACGGGUGGGGCCCUGGACCGCAGUGAGCUCGAGCGCAGUCACCUGAUGCUGCCCCUGGAACGAGGCUGGCGGAAGCAGAAGGAGGGGGUUGCAGUGGCCCCGCAGCCGAAAGUGCGGCUGCGGCAGGAGGUGGUGAGCGCGGCGGGCCAGCGUCGGGGCCAGCGCAUUGCCAUGCCCGUGCGCAAGUUCUUUGCCCGGGAGAAGCGGCCGUACGGGCUGGGCAUGGUGGGCCGGCUCACCAACCGCACCUACCGCAAGCGGAUUGACAGCUACGUCAAGCGGCAGAUCGAGGACAUGGACGACCACAGGCCGUUCUUCACCUACUGGCUCACCUUCGUGCAUUCGCUCGUCACCAUCCUGGCCGUGUGCAUCUACGGCAUCGCGCCCGUGGGCUUCUCACAGCACGAGACCGUGGACUCGGUGCUGCGGAACCGUGGGGUCUAUGAGAACGUCAAGUACGUGCAGCAGGAGAACUUCUGGAUCGGGCCCAGCUCGGAGGCGCUCAUUCACCUGGGCGCCAAGUUCUCGCCCUGCAUGCGCCAGGACCCGCAGGUGCACAGUUUCAUCCGCGCGGCGCGGGAGCGGGAGAAGCACUCGGCCUGCUGCGUGCGCAACGACCGGUCGGGCUGCGUGCAGACGUCGGAGGAGGAGUGCUCGUCCACGCUGGCAGUGUGGGUUAAGUGGCCCCUCCACCCCAGUGCCCCAGACCUUGCCGGCCACAAGAGGCAGUUUGGCUCUGUCUGCCACCAGGACCCCAGGGUGUGUGAUGAGCCUUCCUCGGAGGACCCCCACGAGUGGCCGGAUGACAUCACCAAGUGGCCGAUCUGCACCAAAAACAGUGCCGGGAACCACACCAACCACCCGCACAUGGACUGUGUCCUCACGGGCCGGCCGUGCUGCAUCGGAACCAAGGGCAGGUGUGAGAUCACUUCCCGGGAGUACUGUGACUUCAUGAGGGGCUACUUCCAUGAGGAGGCCACACUGUGCUCGCAGGUGCACUGCAUGGAUGACGUGUGUGGGCUCCUGCCCUUCCUCAACCCCGAGGUGCCUGACCAGUUCUACCGCCUGUGGCUCUCCCUCUUCUUGCACGCUGGGCAAGUGAUACCAUGUGGGCUGAGCUGUGCCAGGAUCCUGCACUGCCUGGUGUCCGUCUGCUUCCAGAUGACCGUCCUGCGGGACCUGGAGAAGCUGGCCGGCUGGCACCGCAUAGCCAUCAUCUACCUGCUGAGUGGGGUCACCGGUAACCUGGCCAGCGCCAUCUUCCUGCCAUACCGGGCAGAGGUGGGCCCAGCUGGCUCCCAGUUUGGCAUCCUGGCCUGCCUGUUCGUGGAGCUCUUCCAGAGCUGGCAGGUCCUGGCACGGCCCUGGCGAGCCUUCUUCAAGCUGUCGGCGGUGGUCCUCUUCCUGUUUACCUUCGGGCUGCUGCCCUGGAUCGACAACUUUGCGCACAUCUCGGGCUUCAUCAGCGGCCUCUUCCUGUCCUUCGCCUUCCUGCCCUACAUCAGCUUCGGCAAGUUCGACCUGUACCGUAAGCGCUGUCAGAUCGUCGUCUUCCAGGCGGUCUUCCUGGGCCUCCUGGCCGGCCUGGUGGUGCUCUUCUACUUCUACCCCGUGCGCUGCGAGUGGUGCGAGUUCCUCACCUGCAUCCCCUUCACCGACAAGUUCUGCGAGAAGUACGAGCUGGACGCGCAGCUCCACUGAGGGGCCGCCCCGGGCCUCCUGGGCCCGACCUUGGCCUGCGUGCCCUGCGUGCGGCCGGCCGGUGCCCUGCACUGACCUCUUGUGCCUUGCUCACCGCGGUGGACGUCUCGUCCUCCAGGGCAUUUACUACACUAGUUCCCACGAUUACCUUCUAACGAGUUUUUUGACGACCACCUCGUGUGGCCAAUAAAUGCACCGGGAGCGUUUUAGCUGCCACUAACUUACCA